UAAGCGCAUCAUGGCGACGCGCGGUCACCUGCGGCGGUCGCCCCUUCCCGUUUUUUCGGUAUAUUUUUAGCAAUAUCGCGUAUAAAUACUCCAUCGCACGGAUACGUUAUUUUAAUGUAACACCGAUGGUCAUCGAUCGCGACGAAAAUGAACAAGGGCUGCUGGAAGUUCGACGAGGAGGACAAAGCCUUGUACAUAGACCUGGAGGAGGAGGACGCAGAGGAGGGUAAGACGUACAGCUCUUGGGAUCAGACCCCUGACAUAUUGUUGGAAGAGAUAUUUUCAUACUUGACAAUUCGUGAGCGUUACUAUGCAUCCUUGGUGUGCCGUGCGUGGUAUCGUGCCUUUAAACUACGAAAUGUAUGGUCCACUUUCACCCUGGAGGACACCACCCUCACAAGGGGCAAGUUCAACUAUUACAGCGGCUGGCAGUAUGUCCUAGAUCACAUGAGAACGUCCACCUGUUUGAACAAAGUUGGAAGGAAUUUCCGGACACUCAUAUUUGAGCCCAUGUUGAAUUUCUACAAUCUUUAUGAGUUCAUGAACAUGAUAUCGUGGUAUGCCGAGAGACAAGGCUCAGACAACACCUCCGUGGCUGGUGUGGGUACUUACAUACGAAGGCUUAAAUUUACCUUUCCGUGUAACAUGGCGAAUAGGGAUUUCCCUGAUCGAAUCAGACUCUUUGGCACAGGCGGCAAGCUGCUGGAAGCACUCAAGAGGCUCAUGAGAAAUUUGCAAAAUCUUAGGUGUCUUGAGCUGAUUGACCUGAUGCUCGACAACAAAGAAGCCUUGCACCUGAUGGACGACAUUUGUACUAAUUGCACUCAGACUUUGUCGAAGUUGGUGCUGAUAAACACCACCCGUUACAAUUGCCCGUUGUUGCAUGUGGGAGUAUUUGUUAAUUUAAACGUCUUGGUAAUAAGUCCGCAGAAUCUGCACGAGGACAUAAUAGAGCUGAUAGGCUAUACGAAAUUGCAGCACUUACAUAUCUUACAAAAUCGAUACAGUGCGAAGGACACCACUAUAAGAUUGCCAAAGAGAUCCUCGUGGGUGAAAAUGAGGGCGCACAACCCACACCUGAAGGUACAUUUCGAGGUGGAGAGUCACAAUUCCACAGAUAUUCUCUUGCCCAUCGACCUGCUGGAACAUAGUGCUAUACCCUGUCACAGUAUAAUAUUGGAUAAUUCGAAGAUACAGAUUUCACCGUCCACAAUACUCACCCACGGAGCGUUCUUCGACUCGACGAUACGAGUGUACGCUUUCAAGGGAAUAACCAAGUACUACAUGAACAGGAGUUUCGCUACGAGAUUAGACGAGGCGCUGGUGCAAUUCUGCAAAAUGUGCCCGCAGCUGCACACACUGAUGAUCCGCGACAAGAUAUCCACGGCCACGAUUUUAGAGAUUGUCUCUACCGCGAAACGCUUGCGCUGCUUAUACGUGCGGCGAAACGUCGUGCUGAAGAGAUGCGACAGAAACUUGUCGAGGAUUCUCGACUGGUCGCCCGAACAUCAUGAGUGGGUUAAGGUAAACAGUCGUAGUUACGAGAACACCGAGAGGGAGGUAUCGAAGAUACUGCGUUAUCGAUGGCACAUGCUGUCCGAAAGAGAAUUUAAAGACCAAGCGAUCAAUAUGCACAUAUAGAGUUUCAUCGCGAGACGCUCGUUUCUCGGCGUAAAGAGUGCGCGCGAGAGGGCUUUAAAGAGCCGCGUUAAAAAUAACAAAAAGAAGAAGAUUCUUUUUAUACUAAAACGUCUCUCAUGAGAAACAAGGCUGUAGAUCGUUGCCCACCUUGACUGAACGCUUAUAAUGUUACAUAGUAUUAAUGUUUAAUUUUAUUUCUACGGUACAUUAUAUAUAUAUAUAUAUAUAUAUAAAUUGUACAGAAAUUAUAUACCGCAUACAACACAAAGAGAGAGAGACACACGAUAUCUUUGUAUUCGAAGCAUUAUCUCAGUUCUACGAAAUCGCAAUAUCUCAUGAUAAAAGUGACUGUGAUCGAUAUACUUAACGGCACAUGUAAUAACUAAACAUACGUGUUGGACUGUUCUCUGCGGAUGAGCUUGUUCGAUGAAUAAGCGCAAUAGCAAUAAAAUGGGAGGAAAGUAACAUCACAUCACACACGCCCAUGUUUCUAUCUAUAUUCUCGUUUAUUCGAACGUACGUCAUUGUAACUUACGUGUAAUUAUGUACAAUGCUGGUCAAUAUCUCGUGUACACCUUAAUUACAUAUAUGCAUAGUUACUGUUUAAUAUGCAAAAUAAUUCCGACUGAUGUUGAAGAAGGUGUAUUCUUUUCUGUGCUACAUUACUUCCAAACGAGACAACAAUUUCAUAUCCAUGGCCGUUAUUAUAAAAUACCAUACAAUUUGAUCAAAAUCAACAGAUAUAGAUAACAUACACCCGUGAAACAACAGUGAUAAUCAAAAGUAACAAUAAAGCAUAUCACAUUGAUCGGCGUUACAGCAGUUCAAUAAAAUGCUCGAUAAAAUCCAAUUAAUUUAACUACGACGAAA